AGGUGAGUGACGGAUUUACCCUUAGAGGGGUAAAAAGAUGACUGUGGUGUCUCAGGACAAUCACGAAGAGACUGUGGUGGUCACUCCUUUGCUGCAAGAUGCUGCUGACUUGGAACCAUCGGACCAGGAAUGCAGCGAGAGGGUGGUCAUCAACAUCUCAGGCCUGCGUUUCGAGACACAGUUAAAGACCCUCUCGCGCUUUCCGACCACACUUUUGGGAGACCCGCGCAAAAGGAUGCGUUUCUUUGACCCACUGAGAAAUGAAUAUUUCUUUGACAGGAAUAGACCGAGCUUUGACGCAAUCCUUUAUUAUUACCAGUCAGGAGGGAGGCUAAGGAGGCCUGUGAGCGUACCUGUGGACAUUUUCUUGGAAGAAAUAAAGUUUUAUGAACUUGAGGAAGAGGUCAUACAGCUUUACAAAGACGACGAGGGUUUGGCAAGAGAGGAGGAGCGCCCGCUGCCCACUAACGAGUUCCAGCGUCAGUUGUGGCUCCUCUUUGAAUACCCGGAGAGCUCAGGACCCGCACGGAUAAUUGCCAUUGUGUCAGUGAUGGUCAUUUUGAUAUCCAUUAUUAUAUUUUGCUUAGAGACUUUACCCGAGUUCAGAGAUGUCCCCCCAGAGAUCGACAGUCAAGCCAAUGGAAGUUCUCACGUCAAAGAGCCCAAUCCGUUCACAGAUCCGUUUUUCAUGUUGGAGACACUUUGCAUCGUGUGGUUCUCAUUUGAAUUUACCAUGAGAUUUCUGUCCUGUCCCAGUAAGCCAGUGUUCUUUAAAAAUAUGAUGAAUCUGAUCGAUGUUGUGGCCAUUGCACCAUAUUUCAUCACCCUGGGCCUCGAUCUUGCAGAGAAUCAGGGCAGCAGUCAGCAGGCUGCUUCUCUGGCCAUACUAAGGGUCAUCCGUCUGGUACGUGUUUUUAGGAUUUUUAAACUCUCCAGACACUCCAAGGGUCUCCAGAUUCUUGGCCAAACACUUAAGGCAAGCCUCAGGGAGCUGGGAUUGCUCAUAUUUUUCUUGAUUAUUGGAGUCGUUUUAUUCUCCAGUUCAGUUUAUUUUGCUGAAGCAGAAGAUCCCGACUCUGAAUUUUCAAGUAUACCUGAUGCGUUUUGGUGGGCUGUCGUGACAAUGACUACAGUUGGCUACGGAGACAUGUGUCCCUCCACCAUUUGGGGUAAAUUUGUCGGAUCUUUGUGCGCAAUCGCCGGAGUGCUGACCAUAGCUUUACCUGUUCCUGUAAUAGUGUCCAAUUUCAAUUAUUUCUACCACAGAGAGAACGAAGAGGAGGAAAAUGUUCAGUACGUCCACGUGACAUGCGGGCAGCAGGAACCGCAGCCCUCAUUAGGUGACAGUGACUCCAUCAAAACUAAUCAGUCGCUCUCCAAACCGGAGUCCUAUCAGGGAAGCGACGAAUUGGAAGCUCUGACACAUCUACACGUGAAUGAGCCAGAGACAUACACUGGGAAACUGACUGAAGUCUAAAGUGGACGAUUUUGUAUCUGGUGGCAGACGAUUAGAUGAAGUUUGUCGUCCACUCAGAAUCACAACAAGGUACACGGGUGGCAUUCUCAUCUUCUCCCACACUGGAUCAUUUUCUUACGGAUUACUAUUACAAUGCCGGUGUUUUAACCUACAGAGACUUCACGGUGGACACACGGAGAAAGCAAUGGACAUUGUGUGCAACAUCCGUAAAAAAUAACAUUCUUUUGUU